UGUAUACUCUUAUUAUUGCACAAAACAAGAAAACAACGAAAGAUGAAGACUCCAACCACCUUGUUGCCUUCUCUUGUUUUUGUUCUUCUUUGUUCAAUUUCAUGGGCUGAUACUCAUGAAGAUUUUCUCCAAUGUCUUUCCCUUCACUCUCCAAACACAACCUCAAUCUCAAAACUAAUUUACACUCCAAACAACUCUUCAUAUUUAUCUAUCUUGCAAUUCUCAAUACAAAAUUUGAGAUUCACAGAGCCAUCAACACCAAAACCUCUAGUCAUUAUCACACCAUUGCAUGAAUCGCAAAUCCAAGCAACUAUCUAUUGUUCCAAAAAUCAUGGAAUGCAAAUUAGGGUUAGAAGUGGUGGCCAUGACUAUGAGGGUCUUUCUUAUGUUUCCGAGGUCCCUUUUGUCAUUGUUGAUCUUAGAAACCUCCGGUCCAUCACUAUCAAUGCUGAAAACAACACUGCUUGGGUUGAAUCUGGCGCGCAUAUUGGGGAACUUUAUUAUAGAAUUGCUGAGAAAAGUAAAACCCUAGCUUUUCCUGCCAGUGUUUGCCCUACUGUUGGGGUUGGGGGACACUUUAGUGGGGGAGGGUAUGGCGCGUUGUUGCGAAAGUAUGGCCUUGCUGCUGAUAAUGUCAUCGAUGCUCGCAUUAUCGAUGUUAAUGGCAACAUUCUUGACAGAAAAUCCAUGGGUGAAGACCUUUUUUGGGCUAUUAGAGGAGGUGGAGGGGCUAGUUUUGGAGUCAUUCUAUCAUGGAAAGUAAAGUUGGUGGUUGUUCCAUCAACUGUCACUGUUUUCACACUUGACAGGACUUUAGAGCAAAAUGCAACCAAUCUUGUUCAUAAGUGGCAAUACAUUGCCCACAAGUUCCCUCAUGAAUUAUUCAUUAGAGUCUUCGUAAAGGGAGUGAAUUCAGGCCAAGAUGGGAAGAAAAAAACAAUCCAGGCUACAUUCCAGUCUUUGUACCUUGGUGGAGUUGACAAGCUCAUCCCAUUGAUGCAAGAAAGCUUCCCUGAGUUGGGAUUGACAAAACAAGACUGCACUGAAAUGAGCUGGAUCAAAUCGAUCCUUUAUUUCCAUGGUUUUACCAAUAGAGAACCCCUUGAAAUCUUGUUGAAUAGGACUCAAACAUCUGUGUCAUACUUCAAAGCAAAAUCAGACUAUGUGAAGGAGCCCAUUCUAGUGACCAGGUGGGAGAAGAUUUGGAAAAACUUUUAUGAAGAAGAGGCAGAGACAGCUCAGAUGAUCUUUAGCCCAUGUGGUGGAAAAAUGGAUGAGAUUUCAGAGUCUUCAAUUCCUUUCCCACAUAGGGUUGGGAAUAUUUACAAAAUCCAACACUUGGUGUCUUGGCAAGAAGAGGGAGAAGAAACUUCCAGAAGGCAUAUAAAUUGGAUUAGAAGGCAUUAUAGUUACAUGGCUCCCUAUGUUUCAAAGUUUCCAAGAGCUGCAUAUAUGAACUAUAGAGAUCUUGAUGUGGGAGUGAACAACAAAUUGGGAAACACAAGCUAUGCACAAGCAAGCAUUUGGGGCUCCAAAUAUUUCAACAACAAUUUCGAUAGAUUGGUGCAAGUCAAGAGCAAGGUUGAUCCUAGCAAUUUCUUCAGGAAUGAACAAAGCAUUCCAUCUCUUCCUUUCAUGGAGGAAGAAGGGUGAUUAGGGAACCUUGGGCAAAGGAAGUAUAAUUCGCAUUUAUUAUGUCGCCCAAAGUAAUUACAAAUCAGAAAAAGUAUUCGGAAGAAUGAACAAAAAAUGAAGUAUGUAAAUUAGACUUAUAAUAGACUCCAUAUAUAGUUUGUGACUACUGUUGGAAUUACUUUUUUAGAUGGAUCCAGUGUUCUCUUUUCCAAUAAACUUUGUGGUUUUUGUAUGAUUAGAGAGUAGUCAUGUCCAAUAAAGUUUACUUGUUUGAAUUGCAUUUAUAGAAUAAGAAGUGUAAUAUGAUUUCAUUUGUUUAGAAUAAUAUGAUUUCCUUUAUAAGUAUG